AUGGCGAUGCAUGAGAGUGAAGCGUUUUGGAAUGAGUUUUUCCGUCGCCCGGGAGCCCAGAAGGCCGUUCAACUGGAGCAAAGGCUGAUCAUGAAGGAAGCGGCAGCAGAUCUGAAACUUCGCCACGAACGGGAGAAAGCGGAAAUGACGGAGCUGCUAAAUUCUUGCAGUCCGGAUAUUCGGGAUCUUGUUCAGCCAAUGCUUGGCAGUUCACGGGUUAAAAGGUUACUCAGUGCCGUGCGACAGCGGGCCGCAGACAAUGACCGAUCUUUCGAAGAUGAGUUGCGAUCCGCUGCAACCACUCUCGAGAAGCUCGAGAAACUACGCGAAGAACAGGAGCAGUCGCCAGCGGCAUUCUCGGCGGCGGAAGAGUAUCUCGAUCAGGUGCGGGUGGAGGCAGCCAAGGAAAUCGGGCCGUCAGACUACGAAACUCCGACAGAGAGAACAUGGAGAGAUAUUCCUCAAGACGAACUCGCUGAACGUCUUUGUAAGGGAGAGAUAUGCCCUCGAGAAGAAUGGAUUCCCGGGUUGUCUAAAGACAAGAGACCGUUAGAUCCGGAGAGCCUCGACGAGCACCUAAAACUUGGUGACCGCAUGCUGCAGGACGGACGAGAAGCGUAUGCCGCGGGUGAUUUCGAUUUGGCGAGCAUACGGUUCACUCAAGGUGUUCAGUUGUUGAACUGGGUAAAGGCAGCACGAACAGAAGACCAGUACCGGGUUGAUGAAAUGUACCUCAUGCACCUCCGAAAUCAGGCGCAAGCAGCACUUAAACUUGAAAAAUUUCAGGAAGCUAUCAGGGCAUGCACAACCAUCAUUCAAGACAUUGAUGAACAUGAUGCCAAGGCGAGGUACCGACGUGCACAAGCAUACACGAUGCUUGGUCUGAUCAAGUGCGCCAAAGAUGAUUAUGUUUUCAUAUUGAAAAGCCCUUACGUCGACGAAACAGCUGUAAAAGCUGCCCGCGUGGCCUUGGCCAAUCUUCGGAGGAUUCUUAACAAUUACAAACUUCAAACACGGAAGACUGUACAACGCAGUGUGGCUGUUGACGUUUUCACUGGAGACAGGACGUCUCAUGAAGCUACAGAGUCGGACCACGAUGCGUUCGCCAGAGGGUACCAAACACGCUCCACGGAGGCACAGCAAGGCAAAGAACAAUGGUGUGUUUCGGAAGCACGACCGCCCGCCAACCGCACGGAUGGAAACAUUUCUGGGCUGUUUGACGGUGCCCACAACGACAGGCUGUCGUCAGAUGACGACGGCUCCUGUGACGAUGGCGCUGUCUUCGACGAUGGUCACGUCAAGUUUUCGCGGAAGAAUAAGAAGAAAACGUGGUUUGACGACACAAUUGAAACGGAACGGCCUGCGAUAGCAGGAGUACCCGAGCGACCAACAGGCAUGGAGAGCAAACAGGCAGGAGUCUGCAAGCACAGAAAGGGAAACUCCCUGCCAACGCUACCGCUUGAGGACACGAAGCUACUGCUGGAAGAUCUACUAGAUUGUUACACGAAGCCAGAAACGCAAACACAGUUGCAAGAGGCGAGCCGAGCGGCCGAUUUCGACAUGAGACGGUUCUUGAUUCGCGUGCGCAAGUACCUGCCCGAGAUUCAGCGCCAUGUGUUUGAACGGCAUCACCUGCCUGGGAGAAAUAACAAGGAGAAUCUCCGCAUAAUGGAAAAGAGUGUUGCGUGGUGGCGGUCACAGGACGAGACAGUUGAUGAACUACGGAGAGAGUGUUGGAGUGCCAUAUUUGGUGACCUCGUUGACAUUGACGUGUGA